AUGGCUUGUCGACGGCGCCCCCUGCCGCCGCCGCUCGUCGGCCUUGCCGUCCUCGUCUCCGUGGCGGCGGCCGCGGUGGCAAAGACCGACCAGCCUGACGUUGCUGCGCUUAAUGUGAUGUUCAAUAGCAUGAACAAACCAUCUCAGUUGUCCGGUUGGAAAUCAAGCGGCGGAGAUCCGUGCGGCGACGACGACGAGUGGAAGGGAAUAGAAUGCAGCGGUUCAUCUGUCACAGAAAUUAACUUGUCGGGGCUUGGACUAAGCGGCACGCUAGGCUAUCAGCUAUCAAGCUUGAAAUCAGUAACCAAAUUUGAUGUGAGCAAGAACAAUCUCAACGGCGAUAUACCGUACCAGCUUCCACCAAAUGUGGUUCAAUUAAAUCUUUACGGGAACUCCUUCACCGGUGGAGUUCCUUAUUCGAUAUCUCAGAUGGCUGAUCUGGAAACACUAAAUCUUGGUAAGAAUCACUUAAGCGGGCAGUUGACGGAUAUGUUUUCACAGAUUCCAAAGCUCUCAACAUUGGAUCUCUCAUUCAACCGCUUCUCAAGUAACCUGCCCCAGAGUUUUCGGCACCUCAUAAACCUUAAAACAUUGAAUGUGGAGAGCAAUCAAUUCAGUGGUCAUAUAGAUGUUCUGGCCAAACUUCCUCUCGAGGAUCUGAAUCUUCAGAACAACAAGUUUAGCGGGUGGAUCCCAAGUAAACUAAAAGACAUUAACAAUCUACAGACUGGAGGGAACUCUUGGUCGUCCGGAUCAGCUCCUCCUGGUAUGGAGAAGGGCUCUUCAGUGGGAAGCUCUUCAGGUGGAGGGAAUGACAAUGGAAUAAACGGUUUCGCUAUCGGAGCAAUGGUGAUAGCUGUGCUUCUUGCAGCUCUGAUUCUCUUGUCUGUGUUGAAGAGGAACCAUUCCUCUCCUGUCUCAUCCCAUUACUACAUGGACGAGUCAGAGAUCGACAUGAAAUCACUGGAGCAAUCUUCAUCCAUAGGCAGUAGGACACCAUCUGCAGUGCCUCGCAAGUCGAUCAGUGACAACGAGUUUGAGAACAAACUAAACUAUUCUAGACGGAGCACGGAUACAAUCAGCCUCAUGACUUAUGCAUCAUCAGACCUGGAAGCAGCCACUGGCAACUUCCACAACAGCAGGCUACUAGGUCAGGGGACAAUCGGUCGCGUUUACAAGGCAAAAUAUGCUGAUGGACAGGUGCUGGCCGUUAAGAAGUUUGAUCCAUUGAGCUUCUCAGGAAGCAGUGACUUCAUGGAUCUCGUGAACGGCAUUUCCAAACUGCGCCAUGCAAACAUCGCCGAGCUUGUUGGUUACUGCUCAGAGCCUGGGCACUACAUGCUGGUCUAUGACUACCACAUGAGCGGGUCCCUAUAUGAGUUCCUGCACUUGUCAGACGACUACAGCAAGCCAUUGACCUGGGACACCCGAGUCCGGAUUGCUCUCGGUACAGCUCGUGCUCUGGAGUACCUACAUGAAGUCUGCUCACCUUCAGUGAUCCACAAGAACAUAAAGGCAUCUAAUGUGUUGCUCGAUGCUGAUCUCAAUCCUCACCUCUCUGACUGCGGCUUUGCAUACUUCUAUGAGGAUACAAGUGAGAGCCUGGGACCAGGGUACAAUCCUCCGGAGUGCACGAGGCCAUCAGGCUACGUGAUGAAGAGCGAUGUCUACUGCUUCGGUGUCGUCAUGCUUCAGUUAUUGACCGGUCGGAAGCCUUUCGAUAGUUCAAAGCCUAGAAUGGAACAGUCCUUGGUCAAGUUUGUUACUCCACAGCUUCAUGACAUCGACGCCCUGGGAGCACUGGCAGAUCCAGCUCUGCGCGGCCUGUACCCGCCGAAAGCGUUGUCCCGUUUCGCGGAUGUCCUCUCUCGCUGUGUUCAGUCCGACCCAGAAUUCCGGCCGUCCAUGUCGGAGGUGGUGCAAUCGCUCUUCCAGUGCGUCCAGCGCGCCACCAGCAACAAGAGGAUGGGCGGCCACCGCAGCGUCUCACAACGGAGUGACGACUCUGAUUGGUGA